UUCAUAUAGUGUUGCUGCAUUAUAACGUCAUUGUGCAAAUGAUGUCUUUUGACUACUACCUGCUGACAUUAAAACGACUUGUGAAACUUAAGCAUCUCUGUAAAUAUCCAGUUCUGUGGGUGUACUUUGUAUUGAAAGAGAAAUUGACUUUUCGUGGUUUUCUUGAGUUUUUAUAAACUUGCCUCACACAAAAAGUAUUUUAUCAUCGGAAACUGCACCACUUAGUGACAGAUAUUAUAGACAAAGAUUCCUCUAUUGGCGGCGUAACACUACAUAUGGCUGCCAUAUGACUCGUGUGGCUACGGGAUCUAUUGCAUCCGCAAACCAUUCAGGAUGUACCUACUGCAGCCAAACCUCAUAACAUGCCCGUGGAACAAUGGGCAGAGGCGACCGCUCCCCACCCCUCCACCCACCCCCAAAAACAUAAUUAACGGUAAUCAGGAGAAAAUCAGGAUAAAUCUAGAUUAUUGAGAGAUUCGUACGUUAAUAUUACAAUCCCCGCUGUCGCCGUUAUGGUCGCCAGGUCACCAAACGCAACUCGCUAUCAGUGACGUCACCUAUUGUCAUUUAUAUGCAAGCCAGAGAACUAUUGGCUGAUGAGACAACGAGUUCUAUUGUUUAACCUUUUGUACAUUUAAAUAACAAAAACAAAGUUUGUAAACAGAUAUGUUCCCUGUAGGUAAACCAAAUCAGGGUGUCCCUAAGGACUCUUUCCCAACUGACUAAGCAAAAGCCUAGCCUAAUCGUAGUGAUUUGUCGUUAAGUGUAAUUGCAAUUUUGAAAUAAUUGCAAUAUCUAAAGAGAAAAACAGCAUCAAAUUUAUCGAGUUUUCUUAUUCAACGACACCAACAACGCCCCACUGCUAGUUUAAGGUGCGUCAGCUUCUGCGACACUACUCACGCUAAAUAACCUGUCUUCAUUUUAAUUAGGUAUUCAAAAGUUGCCAACACCUGCAAUAUCUUUUGUCAAUAUGCUCCAGUAAACUAGGAAUUUAUAAUAAGCCCUGGGCAUAAUUUCAACCUUCUCAUUGUGCCUCGGCUUCACCAAGAGCUCUAACUUUUGGGAAACUACAAUAACGUGUCAUCCCUCAUUAGCUGUAAUUCAAAGCUGAGGCGAUAAAACGAUAUGGAUCUUACUAAACUGGGAGGAUUCAUGAUUCUUCUGAAGUCAGUUGGAACUUUAUGGAUAAACGAAAAGCUGGGUUGUCCAAAGGACUGGAAAAGAUUUGAGAACUCAUGCUACAUGUCACCCAGAGUAGCGGCUGAUUGGUUUGGUGCUCAAACAAACUGCAGCACUUACAAUGCUCAUCUGGUCACAGUUUCAUCCCGAAGUGAAAAUUCGUUUCUGAUCCGAGAAUUUAUAACAAAACAACACAAAAGCAGGCAUUUUUGGAUCGGUUUACAGAGAGCUCCCUUCGAUGACUCGAUUUGGGUCUGGGUCGAUGGAUCCCGAUUGACAUUCAGGGACUGGUAUUCUGGGCAACCCGACAAUUAUCGCCAGGAGGAGUACUGUGGGGAAAUGUAUGUUCUGUAUGUACGUUCCGGGGUGGUGAAGUGGAACGAUUUGAACUGCUCCCAGGCCUCGAGAUUUAUUUGUGAAAAAGAGCUUAUUGGCCUGCCAUCAUGCUCCGAAGAUAAUGGAGGUUGUCAGCACUUAUGUCUCUGGGCGUUUGAUCGUCGUGUUUGUAAAUGUAAAGAUGGCUUUAUCUCUGAAAAGGAUGGAUCUGUAUGUUUAGAUCCGAAGACGUUCAUGCCUCAAGAAGUUCAACCACAAACGACCUCCACCCUUGGUGUGGUCUUACUCGUCACCCAGUUAAUUUCCCUCGUUCUUCUGAUCCCAAUGGCCUUCGUUCUUGUUUCGUUCUACAGAAAGGUUGCAAAGCAAAGGCGUCGUGAUAACAUGGAAUCACACUCUAUAAUGAUCAAUGCCCCAGGAACUAACGAACACAGUUUAGAAAAUCAAACCUCUCCGCUUACCACCUCAACGUUUGACGAUGCUGGCAAUGGCCAGGACACUUGUCGGGCGUAAAGCAACUGUUUGACGCAACACUUUGUUUUCAGUGUUGGUUGCGGGUAGUUUAUAAGGAUUCUUUAAUCAAUCGCUCGCGCAAGAACGGGGCAUGACUUGAUGAACAGCCUCGAGUUUAACAUUUUGAUUCAUAUCUUUGUUUUGGGGAAAUAUGUUCAGUAUCAUUAUUUAAAAAAAGCACCAUUGAAACGAUCAUCAUCGUCAUCAAAAAUAUUCUGAGUUAUAAACAUUAAUGUUGGGAUUUAUUUUUAGAGUAUUGCACAUUGUCAUGUUUGAAUGUUUUUAUGGAACUGUCAACAAUGAAUUUUUUUGUAUCUGGCUAUCAAACUGCAAACAAAUUAAAGCCGCUCUGUGAUCUAAACUAAAUAAUAGUGAUCUUAUAAUAUUAUUUCUUGACAUGGACCAGUAAGAGUUAUGACCAUACAGAUGUUGUCAUCAAAUGCUUUUAUCUAUGAAUAAAUUUUAACGAGUUAGCCCCCGAUCGAUCGAAACCGCUACCACAAAUUAAAGCCUUUUUUUCCCAUUCCUCGUUUACAACUUUAAAAGAAACCUUAAUGAGCAUAAAACAUUGGAAUUCCUUCCUGUCAAAUUUUGUAGCUAUACACCUGAAAUAGAGACUACGAGCAUUCCCGAUUGGGGUCACCCCCAACGGAUAGGCCUGUCCCGAUUGUGCUCGGCAACUUUUGAGCAACUUUUGGCGUUUGGAGCAACUUUUUGCGGUUUUAGCAACCUCGAGCAAGUUU